GGCUUGGAGAUUUCAUUCAUGUUUCUCCCCCAUCCUCACCCUCCCCUGUUCCUCUAUUCAGUAGAAAACACAUGAGUGGGUGGGCUGUUCUCUCCCCUAUCAAUCAGGGGCUGAGAUGCAUUAGAGCCCCAGUCGGGAGCAGCAGAGGGAGAGGAGCAGAGGGGUUCUGGGGAGGAUUGUAUAAGUCAGAGAAGACCCCCUUGGAUUCGCAUACAUUUCCCAGCAUCCUCUGUGGGAAGAAUCUCUGCCUCCUGCUCUGGAAUCCAACAUCUGAAAAAGAAGAGAGAAAAUCUCACCUGCCCAGGUCCAUCCAUGACAGAGGUUAUCCAGACAAUAUGGGUUCCAUGGAUGUGGCAGAUGAACAGCCGAACCAGCCGAUUGAAUGGGACCAGCCUCAUAAUGCAGAGAGGAAUUCCCAGUAUAGCUGGGCUGCAUUAUGGAAUAUUCUGACCAUUGGGGGCAGCAUUUGUCUCCUUAUUCUCUCCCAGAUACUGGACCUGAAGGCUUGGCAGAAUGGAUUCUGGCGACUGGAGGUUUCGGGGUUCUUGCUGCUCAUUUUGUGUGUUCUGACUCUGGCUGGAACUGCAGUCUGGUACCUCAGAGCCAGUGCAGAACCAGUCAUUUCUGAAGAUCGACGCCAGUCAGUGAGUCGCCAGCCCUCCUUCACCUACUCCCAAUGGGCCGAUGAUAAGAACGAAGAAUUCCUAGAUCUUGAUCCCGUGCCAGACACCCCAGUGUUUGAUUGUCUAAUGGACAUUAGGGGGGACAUGGACCCAGGGACUCUGACUGUCAAACCUGUGGGUCUUCAGGAAAGAAGGGGAUCCAAUGUAUCCCUGACCUUAGACAUGUGCACCCCAGGGUGUUUGGAACCUUUUGGGCACAUCAUGUCUCCCAGGGAACAGUGCGCCCGGGAAUAUCUCCAGAUGGCCAGUAACACCCUGACGGAGGAGGAGCUGCACCAACGAGCCCUCGACUCAUUCGCUCUACAGAAGGAAUUCUUUGAAAUCCCAAUGAACUUUGUGGACCCCAAAGAAUAUGAGAUUCUGGGCUUGGUACGGAAGAACAGGUACAAGACAAUACUCCCAAACCCCCACAGCAGAGUUUGCCUUAUGUCUCCUGACCAGGAGGAGGACGCGCUCAGUUCGUACAUCAACGCCAACUAUAUAAGGGGUUAUGGGGAGGAGGACAAAGUCUACAUCGCAACUCAGGGACCCACAGUCAAUACAGUCGGGGACUUCUGGAAGAUGGUUUGGCAGCAGCGCUCCCCCAUAAUUGUCAUGAUCACCAACAUUGAGGAAGUCAACGAGAAAUGCACCGAGUACUGGCCAGAGAAGAAAGCCGUAUACGAGGGGAUACAGGUCACUGUCGAUCAAACCAUCCGGGAAAACGACUAUGAACUCAGACUCAUAACCUUAAAGAGUGGAGAGGAAGAACGAAAUCUCAAGCAUUUCUGGUACACCUCAUGGCCAGAUCAGAAGACCCCAGAUCAGGCCCCCCCGCUACUAAAACUGGUACAGGAUGUUGAAGAGACCACAAAGUGCACCAAACAGAAAGAAGGCCCUAUAGUUGUACACUGUAGUGCCGGCAUCGGAAGAACCGGAUGUUUCAUUGCCACCAGUAUUCUCUGUGAGCAGCUGAAAGACGAGGGGACAGUUGAUAUUCUCAGAACCACGUGUCAGCUGAGACUGGACAGGGGUGGGAUGAUCCAAACCUGUGAGCAGUACCAGUUUGUCCACCAUGUGCUGAGCUUGUUUGUCAAACAGAAUUCCCGCUCUGUGGAAGAAUAAUUGCCCCUGGGAUUCCCGCACAACAUUGUCUCAGCUUUCUGCCGACCUACAGUAACUCCUGUGUGUGGCGGGUGCCAGCUUUGCCCAUUCCCUGCCCAUCCGUGCCAGUGCUUGGGAAACACCGUCGUUCUCAUUGCGUACCAAAAAUAGCAGAUUUGUAUUGUACAUAGGAUCUCAUGUGUUUGUAUAGGGCCACAACCUCUGUGGUGUUUUCUUUGCUCUUUUUCUGGAAUUAAAAAAAAAAAUUGAUUUAGAUAGUCGCAGUUUCGAGCACCGCGGCAGAUUGGCCCAAUUAUUGUCCUUUCUUUUCCAACGACUAUUUUUGCCUUUUUCUGAACUGUUUUUACAUUUUUAACUGCCGAAUACUGUGUCACAUGAUUCACUAAAAAUGAAUUAUUGGAAAAUGUUCAUACCUCAUCCUGUGGGAGUUGUGGCCCCUUGGGGCCCUGGGUCAGUAUGUAUAGAACAAAUAAGACUAUUGUUAUCACUUCUCAUUGCGUGUUCAUAUCAUGUAUUAAUGGAACAGCCAGUGGAACCAUAGUGCAAUAUUCAGGGCAAUUCCAUGCUUGUCUGCUAUUGGUUUAUUGCCAUUCUAUUCCAUAUGUGGGAGAUAUUCUGCUGCUGAGCUAUUGCCCCAUAAUAUCUAUUGAUUUGCUCCUCUGGGGUAGAGGAUCCUUUUUGUGCUGGGAACAUGAACAGAACAUUCCCAAAAACCAAGAUACAUCCACUGAAAUAGCUCCGCUUCCUGGUGACCCCCCCCCACACACACAAAUUUGUGCUCAUCUGCUCCUCAGGGGUGGGGCAUCCUUGCCUGCAGUAUUUAUUAAACUAGAACUGACACACAAGUGGGGUGUCAUUGAUGCUACUGUGUGUGUUAUUUAGGGGGAUCUGACUACUGUAUAUACUGUAACACAGUACUGAUCAUUAUCUGGGGGGAUGGGAGUAGAUACUACCACACUGUAAUAUGGAACGGAGGCAAAAGUUUGGUUCCCAUAUCUUGCCCUUCAGACCAUAGGAAGUCACUUUAAAUGCCUCUAAAUCAGGUGUCCACAUUAGAUUGUAUGUUCUCUGGGUAAUUAACUCAUGGAAAACAAAAGUAUGUUUUAUCCCCAGUGGGUAUGCCAAUGUAUAGGAGCUAGAAUGAUCCAAUGUCUACAGGCUAGAAUGAUCCAAUGUAUAGGCACUAGAAUGAUCCAAUGUAUAGGAGCUAGAAUGAUCCAAUGUCUACAGGCUAGAAUGAUCCAAUGUAUAGGCACUAGAAUGAUCCAAUGUAUAGGAGCUAGAAUGAUCCAAUGUAUAGGUGCUGGAAUGAUCCAAUGUCUGGAGGCUAGAAUGAUCCAAUGUAUAGGCACUAGAAUGAUCCAAUGUAUAGGAGUUAGAAUGAUCCAAUGUAUAGGUGCUAAAAUGAUCCAAUGUAUGGAGGCUAGAAUGAUCCAAUGUAUAGGCACUAGAAUGAUCCAAUGUAUAGGUGCUAGAAUGAUCCAAUGUAUAGCUGCUAGAAUGAUCCAAUGUAUGGAGGCUAGAAUGAUCCAAUGUAAAGGAGCUAGAAUGACCCAAUGUAUAGGAGCUAGAAUGAUACAAUGUAUAGGUGCUAGAAUGAUCCAAUGUAUGGAGGCUAGAAUGAUCCAAUGUAUAGGAGCUAGAAUGAUCCAAUGUAUGGGAGCUAGAAUGAUCCAAUGUAUAGGAGCUAGAAUGAUCCAAUGUAUGGAGGCUAGAAUGAUCCAAUGUAAAGGAGCUAGAAUGACCCAAUGUAUAGGAGCUAGAAUGAUCCAAUGUAUAGGAGCUAGAAUGAGCCAAUGUAUAGGAGCUAGAAUGAUCCAAUGUAUGGGAGCUAGAAUGAUCCAAUUUAUGGAGGCAAGAAUGAUCCAAUGUAUAGGAGCUAGAAUGAUCCAAUGUAUGUUGGCUAGAGUGAUCCUAUGUAUUGGGGCUAGGAUAUACCAAUGUAUUGGGAAUAUCAUGAUCCAAUGUAUAGGGGACAUAAUAGACCAAUGUAUAAGUGAUAGAAUGAUCCAAUUUUUGGGAAUAGAAUGAACCAAUAUACAUUAUGGGGGAUAGAAUAUACAGAUGUAUAUAUAUAUAACUAGAAUAUAUCAGGUAAGAAUAUGAGGAAGAUAGAAUAAAUGGGGCUCAGUUAAGACCCCGAUUUGGGGGAAAACAAAAUAUUACUAGAUAUCCGCGGGGGAGGGGUUUGGAUGGUACCAGAUAAUAGGGUAUUUAAAAUACAAUUUGUGCUCCCCUAGGCUGGUCACUUUACAUCGCUCCCCCCUCCACACUUGGGGGCACACAGAGUUGCUUUUCAACACCCCACCAUUCCCCAACUUUCCCCGUUACUUGUGUAUACCUCCGACUCGCUCGCAUUUCUCCUCAGGUGCCAAAUUGGGACGCAGAAGAGUUAAACAAAUCUUGCUCCGGAAAAAAAAGCAAAUGGGGCUGGGUGGCAUGUUGCCCCUAAAACUGCGCCACCCUAAGCCCAGUAAUAGAACUGUAAACUUUGGCACAAAGUGGGAUAUUCAGCUGUAGAUGUCCCUGGUGCUUGAAUGAACCCAUUUUGGGGGGGCUGCUGGUCAGAGGGGCAGCAGGUUGGGGGACCCACUCAUUAAUGUAUACUGUUCAUAAGCCAUUUGUGCCCUCGUCUCAUUGGCCGAUCUGUAAUUACCAUAGUGCACCUCACUCUUACAGGGGCGCCCACCCACAUUUAUUAUUCCCAAAGCUCAUCCCUUCAAAGCACAACUUGCUGAACCCCCACAGUGGCCCCCUCGGCUACUAAAGGGCAAGUUGUCUUCAGGAAGGGGAGUCUGUGGAAGGGUCGCAAGUCACCCACAAUUUAAUUUGGGGUCCCCAAAGUUAUAGCACUGCCUAAAGCUGAAGGGUACAUUCAAGAAAUACAAAUUGUUUGAAUAAAAAUCCGGUCUGUCAUUUCCUCUCAUUCUCUCUCCCAGUACAAAACUCUAUAUGAUGAGCUCUGUACUCUAAUUGCCCCAUAAAGUAACCACUACUUCCCCCCGGGGGUGGGUGCUGUUAUGAACGUGGGACACCUACCUGCAACCUCCCCAACCAUUGGAUUAAUGCUGCCCUGCAUGGCCAACAGCUAAGGAAAGGGGCUCAUUGCCUUUGGGGUGGGGGUUCCCUUUCCUCUGACUCCACUGACAGUAAAGGGAAUUAAUAAAUCUAUGUUUAUAAAGCAGCAUUUUUAGCAUUUCUAUGAAUGUGAUUAUUACAUCAUUGCCAGGAUGGUUCUGAUGUCAUUUUUAUCAAUUGUAACUGAUGUGUGUUUACUUUUGCAUCAAAUAAAGGCAGAUUUGAGAA